CAAUAAUAUCCCAAGAAGAAGCUUGUGUUGCGAGCCUGUGUGACACAUGUAGCCUACAAAUCUAGCUAGUCAACGCGUAACGUGCCUACAACAAGAAAUAUGGAGGGACUCCUACGAGCUAAAAUACCUUCUGAUCAGGGACACAUUUUGGGUGUUGUGUCUCAAAGUGAGAAGCACGCGGAUAGGUUCACAAAUGCCUUUCUGAAGAACAGCUUACCGGGUAUGUGCAAGACAGAAAUCGACAAGUUAAUGCUUCACAAGGCUGUGAUUCUGGACUACUGUAGAAAGAAGGAGAAGAAGACUAAGAAGAAGACCAAAGUUCUCAGUGCAAAACAGAGGAGGCAGAUGAAGGUCUUUCAGCUGAAACCAGAGCAUCAAAAAUAUGAGCUUUUCUUGCCAUUGCAUGAGCUAUGGAAGCAAUACAUCAGAGAUCUGUGCAAUGGAUUGAAGGCAGAGAGCAACCCACAGACAGUUCAGCAGAGGCUUUUGAAGGCCGACUUUCAUGGUGCUGUUCUCACAGUGGCCAGGUCCAAAUGCCCGUCGUACAUUGGUGCCACGGGGAUCCUGGUGCAGGAGAUGAAACAUGUGUUCAAGAUCAUAACUGCAGAGGACAAACUCAAGGUCAUACCCAAGCGAAAUAGCGUUUUUGCUGUUGAGAUCGAUGGCUUUGUCUCCCAUAUCUACGGUAGCAAGUUUGAACUCCGCUCAAGCGAACGCUCUGCCAAGAAAUUUAAAGUCAAAGGAACCAUAGACCUGUGAUGAUGCUGAUUCUCUGGGGGCGGUAGUCUGGUGGCCAGAGCAUCUGACCAGUAACUGAAAGAUGGCUAUAUUGAAUCCAAUCUCGUGCUGGCGAGAUGAAAAAUCUGACUGUCUGUGCCUAAACGAGGCUGUUAACUAAUCGUUCCCAGGUGUUUUUUGCUAUAAUACCAACUGUUUUUUCAGUAAACCUAUCUGGUUCAAUGAGGGUGAAAGAAAAGACAAAGGCACAGUAACCUAUGCAAAUGACUGAUGAGCGAUGACCUGCACAUGGAACUGAGUUUAUUUAAUUAUAUGUUAACGAUUGGAUAUUGUUUAUGUACCACAUAAAAUGAUAGUUCAGUUUUUUUGAAAAACACUACCCAUGUCCACAAGGUGGCGCUAAAUCAGUUUCCACUGAAACAAAAAAUACACAGUGCUACAAUUUCAAAGAUAUUACAGUUCAUAUAAGUAAAUCAGUUAAUUGAAAUAGAUUAAUAUGGCCUUAAUCUAUGAAUGUCAUAUGGCUGAGAACACAGAUGGAAAGUUACUGGGAUGUUUUAUUUCAGCUCUUGAGACAUGGAACCAACACUUGUGUUUACGUUUCUGUUCAAUGUACUUAUGUGUACAGCCCUGGAAAAUAUUUCAGUAAAAUAACAGAUUAACACUGUCCUAAGUUUGCCCAGCUUAUUAACACUGCUGGUGAACAUAUCCUGCUGCAUUGGUUCAAAUCCACCCCACUGCAUUUUCAGCAAAAACUCUCCUCACUUUCCCCUCUGUCACAAAAAUAAUGAAAAUGUCCCAUAUGUAUAUUUUAUAUAUAUGUAUGUGUGUGUUUCUUUUUUAUUAGUAAACAUGUUUACAAUCACUUUUGUAAGAGUGCAGUGGCAAGACAAUACAAGUGUACUUUGGAAAAUCUGAAAAAUGUGCCUGUUCUGGUUGUAGAGUUAAACAUCUUGUCAACAUUUGGGACUUUCCAAGCUGGCCUACUUAAUUUUAGAAGCAGCUGACGUAGUUUAAUAGGUGAAGGUAGGUGAGUGGAGGUAAAUUAUUCACUAUUGUGAUGUUUGUAUUUUAAGGUUGUUGACUUGAGACAUUAUAUAGGUCAACCCUGAAAUAGAAUUGUUAAGUUUUGGAAAGCUUGAUGUAUAUUUUUUGUGUAAUCUUAGUUAUUAAAGGGAUUAAUUUAUCAUUGCACAAUACAACCAA